AUGUGCGACGAGCAAACUCAGAAAUUGCUCGAUUUGGCCAAUGGCCAGCGACCUCCUGGAAGUCGCCUUGUCAUUGAACAAGGAAGUUUCGCCAGUCGAUUAUGGUGGGUCGUGAAAGCUCCGUUCAGAACGUUGAUGUGUCUGUCCUUGGUUACCGUAUUCUUCGCGACAUACUUUGGAUUUAUGCUGCCAGUAAUGUGGGCAAGGACAGUAUGGCCUCGAUUGUACUGGUUCGUUGAAGGAAAGCUCUACAGAUGGCUACAAUCGUUCAUCGCCUACUGGGGAUACACUGCCGGUUACGACGUCUAUGAGUACGGAGACGAUGUGACGACAUACUAUAGAGAUGAACGUGUCUUGAUGAUGUGCAAUCAUCAGAGUACUGCCGAUGUUCCAACUCUGAUGACAGUUCUUCAGAACAAAGGAGUUGCCAGCAGAAAGACACUCUGGUUGAUGGAUGUUAUGUUCCGUUGGACGCCAUUCGGAAUCAUUGGAAACAACCACGGAGACUAUUUCAUUCAACAAGGAAAAGCCACGCGCGACAAGGAGCUCGUGAGACUGAAGAAGCAUUUGCACGAUGUGUUCUGGGAUCGCGAUCGCAGAUGGGUCAUUCUUUUCCCGGAAGGAGGAUUCUAUUACAAACGAGUAGAAAGCAGUCAGAGCUAUGGAAAGAAGAACGGAUUCCCUCAUCUCCUCUACACCACUCUUCCUCGAAUGGGAGCCGUCAAGGCGAUUCUCGAAGAGGUUGGACCAAGAACAGUGGAUGAAGACGAGCCAAGAGAGCGUAGCAAUAGUAAAAUGAAGUUACUCAAGGACACUGUCGGAGCUAUCCGCGAAAAGAAAUAUGUCAAAGACACUCGCCCACCCAUCAAGUAUGUUCUCGACGUCACCAUCGCUUAUCCCAACGGAAUUCCACUGUCACUUGCCACGUUCGGACUGGGAACUCGCGAGAAGUGUGACAUCGCAGUCAACUAUAAAAUCUACGACGCGGCAGAGGUUCCAUUCGAGGACGAGGAGAAACUACGAGAUUGGAUGUAUGAAGUGUAUAAGGAGAAGGACGAAAUGCUAGCUCGCUACUACGCCACUGGUGAAUUCAAUCCAGGCGAGAAAGGAACACGAAUCGCCUUCUCUUGGGCGAAAAUCAUUGGAAUGUAUGGCUUCUGGUUUGGAUCGUUUUACGCCCAGUACAAUGUUUAUUCCUACCUCAUUACUGGACUUGUCAAGUUUCUCCUAUUCCCGUUCUCCUCAUAA